GGUACUUCAUGUGGUGUUUGCCAAGAAGUUUGUGGUACACGGAGUGUCCAGUGCGGCACUUGUCACCUUCGGUACCACGUAGAAUGCCAGAAGUUAUCUACUGAACAUUGGACGGAUCUUGCCAGCAUAAAAAUGCAUUACAUAUGCAUAAGGUGCUGCCAGUCACAUGGUAAAUUUAGUUUUGAGUUAGCUCAAAUGCGUCUGGCGAAAUCGGCUGUACGCGGAAUUGAGGAACUUAGAGUAGCAGUCCGUCUUGAGAAAAUACUUAUGAGGACUGCGGGUUCUUUUGAGUGUAUAAAGGUUCCUGCAAAUGUUGAAUUUUCUGAGGACAAGACGGCUGCAGAAAUCCUUAAAAGUUGUGGACGACAAACGAUAAACAGCCGUAUGCCAGUUCGUGUUAAAGGGGAUGGGAAUUGUUUAUUCAAUGCCAUCUCACUUGCUGUGUGUGGGGACGAGACAAGAUCAGGAGAAAUUAGAGCAAGAACUACUAUUGAAAUAAUAGACCAAUGCGACUGGUAUAUGUCACAGCAUGAUAAUACGGAUUUAAACCUGGUGUCUCCUGAUUUCAAUGAAGUUUGUCUGUAUUCUGCCAUCCCUGGAAAAGAUUCAUCAGUUAUGACAAUGUAUGCAGCAAGUUCUGUUGUAAACAGAGAAAUAAUAUCUGUAUAUCCCUCUGUCAACGGCAUGCUUGACAAAUGUAUAGGUAUUCUCAAUACCAAAAUUAUCCCUCGGGAUGGAGAUCAUGAGACGUUCCUCUUCACCAGUGAGAGCGUAGGCGAAGGCCACCCCGACAAAAUUUGCGAUCAGAUCAGCGACGCAGUGCUUGAUGCCCAUCUUAGCCAGGACCCUGACGCCAAAGUUGCUUGUGAAACGUGUACCAAAACUGGUAUGAUCCUGAUCUGUGGGAAGAUUACGUCCAAGGCCCAAGUUAAUUAUCAACAAAUUGUGCGUGAUAUUGUUAAGAAAAUUGGUUUUGAUGAUUCACGAAAGGGCUUUGACUACAAGACCUGCAAUAUUCUUCUGGCCCUGGAGCAAAAGUGUGCGGAGAUUGCUAAUGGUGUACACAUCGGGCGCAGUGAUGACAACAUUGGUUCAGGGGACCAGGGACUGAUGUUUGGUUAUGCCACUGAUGAGACCGAUGAGUGCAUGCCCUUAACUAUUAUGCUGGCACACCGUCUCAAUCAGAAGAUUGCAGAGCUGCGAAGAGAUGGGACGUUCUGGUGGGCGCGACCUGACUGUAAAACUCAAGUCACAUGCCAGUAUGCCUUCGAUCAAGGAGCUGUUAUUCCCAAAAGAGUGAACACUGUUGUCGCUUCUGUACAGCACUCGGAACAAAUUACUGUCGAAGCUUUGCGUGACGAGGUUAUAGAGAAGGUCAUCAAGGUCAUUAUUCCUGAAAAAUAUAUAGAUACUCAAACGAAAUACCACAUCAACCCUUGCGGAGAAUUCAUCAUGGGUGGACCUCAAGGUAACGCUGGGCUAACUGGUAGGAAAAUCAUCGUUGACACUGACGGUGGGUGGGUCGCUCACAUCGGGGGAGCGUUCUCUGGCAAAGAUUACACAAAGAUUGACCGCUCAGCGGCCUAUGCCGCCCGAUGGGUUGCCAAGUCACUGGUGAAAAACAAAUUAUGUAGACGCUGUUUGGUUCAGGUAUCUUACGCCAUUAGUGUUGUGCACCCCAUAAGCAUCAGCAUCUUCCACUAUGGCACCUCACAGUACACAUCAAAACAGCUUCUGAAGAUUGUUAACCACAACUAUGAUCUACGACUAGGACAUAUUGUCAAGGAGCUGGGCUUAAAGAGACCAAUUUACAGUGAUACCUCGUGUUAUGGACAUUUUGGACGGCAACAGUUCUCUUGGGAGCAGCCCAAGAAGUUGACCAUCCCUAAAUUUUAG